CUCGCCUAACCCGGAUGUAGGGGAAGGAAUGCCUCCGGUGUGGGCAGCGCUCUUCCCUUACGCAAGAUGGCGGCGCCCUUGUCUGUUCGUUUGGAGUUCGGAGGUGGAGCAGAACUCUUGUUUAAUGGGAUAAGAAAACAUCAGGUGACUCUGCCCAGCCAGCAAGAACCUUGGGACAUUCGAAACUUGCUGGUGUGGAUUAAAGAGAACCUGUUGAAAGAGAGGCCAGAACUGUUUGUGCAAGGCGACUCUGUGCGACCAGGAAUCUUGGUGCUGAUCAAUGAUGCAGACUGGGAGUUGAUGGGGGAGCUGGACUAUCAACUCCAAGAGCAAGAUAAUGUGGUUUUCAUCUCCACCUUACAUGGUGGUUAGACUGCUGGGGAAACAAAAAAGAAUGUUGAUGGGGGGGGGAGAUGGGGUGUGAAUUCUUGGCCCAGAAAUGACAUUCCUCUCUGCCAUCACCCAUGAUGUGUCAAAUCAGAUCUGGUUUCUUAUUAGCUCCUUUUCUUAACGAAGGCUGCCCUUUGGAUGCUCUGCUCCUCCCACCCUCUGGUUUGGCUUUCGCCUCUUUUGUCCAGGACGGGGAUUGAAAUAAUUUCUGCAUUUGGUAGUUCUCUUCUUUACUCUGGGAGGCGCAUGCCGUUGAACAAAUGGCUGAAAAUGAGCUGCUUUGCACGUGGAAUGACUGCAGCUGAGCUCAAGAGGAGGGCUGGGCUGAUCUGGCUGCGACUGUCGCACUCGUUUGUUGCCUUCCCCCUGGCAGCGGGGAAAGGACUGCGAUCUAAGAGGGGAUAUACCUCUCCCCCUGAUCCAAGCUUUGGACCAGGUUGCAGCUGUUUACAGUCACUGGGCUGGUGGGGGCGAGGGGGGGAGAGACCGCGGUUGUCUGCCUCGGUGGCAUCAGCCGAUCUGCACUUGAUUUAUCAGGCAUGGAUUUCGAUUAUCAGGCUGAAUUGAACUCUUUGGGGGGAAAGUUGCGACUUUGAAUUUUGUGAGAACCCUCUUGCCUGCUUUAAAAAACCAAUAAAAAACUUCUAGAGGCGCUGCUUGAUUCUGUACUUCUGCUGUGUGCGUGAGAGAGAGAUGAAUUUUCCUUUUUCAGUUGUCUGAUCUGAGCUGUUCUGUUGCAAAGUAUUUUGCAGAACCAGUUACAGUGGAUUGGGGGGAAUUGCAUCCAGGGAACAGAAUGCUUCAUUUGAAGCUGGGAGUUCUGGAUUCAGGUUCUGCCUCAGCCAUGGACUUCUCUGGGUGGCCUUGAGCAAGUUGCUCCCUAUGUUAAUUUCUGUUCCACAUGUCUAAAAUAGGAUUUGUACUGAUCCGCUCUGCUGGAUGGUUGUGAUAAUAAACAAUAAAAAUGGUAAAAAAAUGGUUCUG